CCUGCAGGUCCGAGAGGUCAAUUCCCAAUUCCCCCCCUGUCGUCGUGGUAUAAUCAUGCGGAUGACUGCUCCAGCGCCCCAAUCCCAGUGAUACAACAGCUAGCAUUCAAUCCCCGACUGACCAACCAAUCCAUUCUUCCCCCGUGGAAUCCAUUUCCGAUCGCUACUAUGGCCCGCCGCAAUAGUAUACGCGGGAUCGCCGAUGAGCACCGCUAUAGAUCCAGCUCGCCCCUCGCUAGUACCGCCAUUGCCCGCGAUAUAGAAGAUUAUGCCGAUGAUGAGGGUUCCAUGCUCACGACCGAUGACGAUGCCUCCGAGACCUCCACGAUCCGCGCCAUCGGUAGCCAGCCAGGCACGAGGCCGCAUUCCUUGGCUGGAUCGUAUCAGCGCCCGAGUUUCUUCACCACCGUCUCCCAUGCCACGGUGGUUCCGCACCGUCCGGAUCAUGAUGGGUUAACGCGGAGGGAGCGCGAACGGGCCAUUGAGGAUGAACGGAACCUCCUCACGGAUAAUCACUUUCUGGAGUCGAGUCCUCACAAGGGACGGCGCAUGAGAUUGGGCUCUGCAUCGGCGGCGGAGACGGCGUCGUUGCUGGGGGGUGAACGGCGCGGGUCGCAGUACGAGAGCGUGGAUUCGGAGGAAAUUGAUAAAAAGUGGGAGGAGGCCGUCAUGGCAGGACUGAUCCAGACGACAUGGAAGCGUGAAGCCCAGGUCAUUGGGAAGAAUGCGGCUCCGUUGGUGGUGACCUUCCUGCUGCAGUAUUCUUUGACUGUGGCGAGUAUCUUUACCCUGGGACAUCUGGGGAAGAAGGAACUGGGUGCGGUGAGUUUGGCGAGUAUGAGCGCGAGUAUCACCGGUUAUGCAGUCUAUCAGGGUCUCGCGACUAGCUUGGAUACAUUGUGUGCGCAGGCUUAUGGCUCCGGACGGAAGAAGCUGGUGGGUCUGCAGAUGCAGAAGAUGGUCUUCUUCCUCUGGGCCAUCUCCAUUCCCAUUAUCGUGCUGUGGUUCUUCGCCGACCGGAUUCUCAUUCACAUCGUGCCGGAAGAGGAGGUCGCCAUGCUGGCGGGAUUAUACCUGAAGGUGGUUGCGCUGGGUGCGCCGGGAUACGCUUGCUUCGAGAGUGGCAAGCGAUUCGUGCAGGCGCAGGGGCUCUUCUCGGCCUCCCUCUAUGUGCUUCUGAUCUGCGCUCCUUUAAAUGCAUUCAUGAACUACCUGUUCGUGUGGCAGUUCGGCUGGGGCUUCGUCGGAGCGCCCAUCGCCGUGGCCAUCACGGACAACCUGAUGCCUCUCUUCCUCUUCCUGUACGUGUACUUCGUGGACGGGUCCGAGUGCUGGAACGGCGUGACGACCCGCGCCCUACGCAACUGGGGACCCAUGAUCAAGCUCGCCCUCCCGGGUCUCCUCAUGGUCGAGGCCGAGUGUCUCGCCUUCGAAGUGUUGACCCUGGCGUCCUCGUAUCUCGGCACCACGCCCUUAGCCGCCCAGUCAAUCCUGUCCACGAUCUCCAGCAUCACCUUCCAGAUCCCCUUCCCCGUCUCCAUCUCCGGUAGCACGCGCGUGGCCAACCUCAUCGGCGCCACACUGGUCGACGCCGCCAAGACCUCCGCCAAGGUAUCCAUGGUCGGCGCCGUCAUCGUGGGUCUCCUCAACAUGCUCCUCCUCUCCUCGCUCCGCUACUACAUCCCCUACCUCUUCACCUCCGACGAAGAAGUCAUCGAGCUAGUCGCACAGGUCCUCCCCCUCUGCGCCGCCUUCCAGCUCUUCGACGCCCUCGCUGCCAACUGCAACGGGAUCCUGCGCGGUAUCGGCCGGCAAGAAAUCGGCGGCUACGUGCAGCUCUUCUGCUACUACGCGAUCGCCAUGCCGAUUAGUUUCGGGACGACGUUCGGACUCCAGUGGGGACUGUUCGGUCUGUGGUCGGGGGUUGCAUUGGCCCUGUUGUUGGUGUCGAUUAUUGAGGCGUUCUUCCUGACACGGACGAAUUGGAAUCGCUCGGUCGAGGAUGCUCUGCGUCGGAAUGCGUCGGUUUAAGCAUCGUGUCAUGUCUUGUAUGGAUUAAUCUUAUGUGUGAUGAUGAUGUAUACUGUCAACAGCAUGUUUUGAUAUAGAUGAUUGUACUUUAUGCUUUCUUUGCGUCUGCAUACAGAUAUGACCGAUCAAUGAAAUGAUA